CGCAUUUCAUUUGACGAUUUCAUUCUGAACACGGAAGCUGAUGCAAAGGAGCUUGUCGUCACUCAAGGGCCUUCCUCCGCCGUCCAAGGUGCACUUUCCAUUUCGGAGCAUGUCCAUGGAAGAGACACCACUAGUUCCCCGUCCUUCGUCCACCGACAACGACCUAUUGAUCACAGCCAGCUGGUUUGUCGAAGAUGCGUUCCUCGGCAUCUCGCGGCCGCAUCCCGUGCGCACCGCGUUUGCCAGUCGUAUGUACACGUUGUACGCAGACAUGCACUAUUUGCGGGGUAUAGCGGUCGUCGUGCUCUUGGGCUUGUCGUUCUUUGAAAUUCCGCCUUGGUGCGCACGCUCGGACGAGUCUGCUUCAUGCGGCGACCCCACCGAUCCCGCGACACCGCUCACGUUUGAAAUGGCAUGGAUCACGGACAUUCAAAGCGUGUGCAUUGAAGCCGCGUGCUUGAUCGUCCUCUUGGCGAACAAGUACGUUCGGUACCUCUACCUGCGCGAGAACUUUACGAGUCGCAAAGACAGCGUCGCCGUGACGGCCAUGAUUGUCACGUCGUCCUUCCUGCUCGUCGUGCGCGUCGUGUUCGCCAACACGUGGCAACUGGACGUGCUCGCAAAGCAGGUCUGCGGGUACUUUCGCGUGCUCAUCUUCGCCGUCAAGAACCGCAACGUCCGCCGCACGGCGCGAAAGAUCUGGCUCGUGGUCGCCGAGGUCCACAACAUUCUGUCGUUGGUAGUAGUGUUUGUCGUGUUCUUUGCGUGGGUCGCUACGAUGGUAUUCCAGGGCACGGACGAAGGUAUUGUCACCCCCAUGUCGUGCCCUCCAUCGACUGAUGGAUGUACGUACGUAGGCAAGAAGGUCAUGCCCGACAUCUACGAUGCCAGCUGGCACAUGCUCAUUUUGCUCACGGCCGCCAACUUUCCCGACGUCAUGAUGCCUGCGUACGACAAGAACCGGCUCUCGGUGAUUUUUUUCGGGUUUUUUCUGUGUUUUGGCGUAUUUUUCCUGCUCAACGUCGUGUUGGCCGUGAUUUUCAAUAACUUUUCGCGCAAUUCAAAGCUCUCAGACGCCCGGCGCCAGCACACCCGCGUCACCAAGCUCCAGCUCGCGUUCGACCUCCUCUGCCACAUCUCGUCCACCGACUCGUCGUUGCAUCCCAUCGGUGGCCCAUCAUCCUCUUUUCGGCGCGCGCCGACCCCCGUGGCGUCGUACUCGGCCAAGGAUCUAUGGGAACAUCGCCACGAUGACUGGUUCCUCGGCGAGCCGUCGGUCAAUGAAGGCGUGCCGUGGAACGUCAUGGAGCGGCUGUUCGUUCAGAUGAACCACUAUAGGCACAUUGGGUUCCUCAAGCGCUCCAAGAUGCGGCUGCUCUUUGACACACUCGACGCGGACGGCGACGGCGUGCUGACGUGGGUCGAGUUUCAGAGCAUCUGCGAUCUGCUACACAUUGCCCUAACCAAGCGCCGCGCCAGGUCCUCCGAGAUCGAGCGGUUCUGGCCGCGGCUGUACGCGUCGUCGCCGUUCCAAGCGGUCGCCCGAUGUGUCCAGCACAAGCGCUUCGAGACCGCCAUCGACGUCCUCCUCGUCGUCAACAUGCUGCUCGUGGUCGCCGAGUCGCUGCCGGUGCUCAACGGUCACGCCAUAUCCGUCGUGCUCGAGCUCAACGUGUGGGAACGCCUUGAACUGGUGUUUUCCAUCGUGUACUUGGUCGAACUGGGGCUCAAAGUCAUAGUUUACGGCGUCUCGCGGUACUGGAGCUCCAUGAAGAACCGAUUCGAUGGACUCCUCACGCUCUUGAUCCUCGCCGUGGACGUGUACGUGUACCUGCCCGAACCCAACCACGAUUCGUCCAUUGUCGUCGUCAAGGUCCUGCUCGUCGCGCGGUGUCUGCGCCUCUUUCGGUUGAUCAUCAACAUUGAACAGUAUGUAUCCUACUACUACUAGUAGUACUAGUACUAGUAGUACCAUGACGAGAUUGCUGUUAGGUACCGCGUGUUUUGCAUGACGUGGUUUCGGCUGCUGCCGUUUGCCAAGAACUUGAUUGUCAUCAUGUUUUGCGCCAUGUACAUGUUUGCCCUCCUUGGCAUGCAGUGCUUUGGCGGCCUCAUCUCCCCCGCGGUCAUGACCACCCGCUUCAACGACAGCGCGUACACGCAAGACGACUACAUGGCCAACAACUUCAACGACAUGGCGAGUGGCAUCGUCACGUUGUUCGAGCUCAUCAUUGUCAACAACUGGUUCGUGUUGGCCGAAGGGCACGUGCUUGUCACGAGCAAGGUGUCGCGGUGGUUCUUCAUCGUGUACUACGUCGUGUCGGUGACGCUGUUGCUAAAUUUGGUCGUGGCGUCGAUUCUGGUACGCGUUGGGGGAUCGAUCGAUCGGAGAUGACGUAUGAGCGUGCAUUUAUCUCAUCGUGUGGAACGACUGUAGGAAGCAUUCGUGGACGAAUACCAAGACGAGUUGACGAAUGGCAAAGAAAUUGCACACGGUAAUGACGACGAUGACGACGACGACGACAUGGACGGCUUGUACACGAAAGAUGGAAAGGAGGUCUUGAUGAUGACCCCUACCUAGCUAACAACACGACAUAGUAUCGAGGUCGUCAACCCGGGUACUUAGUAACGAGAUACCUGGGGCAACAACCUGCGCCUGUGUUGUGUGGCAGGUUGUACGAGCACGAAUCCAGGGUCCAUGGACUUCGCCGGGCAAUGGCGGUGUAUUCGACCUUCAUGCAUGCUGCAUAACUUACAUCGUUUGAUCACCAGCCUUCUUCCUCG